GUUAUCGUGUCGCCACUGGUUAAUGUGUUUUUUUGGUCCGUAUGUUCAUGUAUAAAUUUAGUGUCAUGGAUAAAUUAUACUAGGACAUGGAGGCGAAGGUGACCCUGGGCGACGCGACGAGGCAGCACGACGGGAUGAAUCUGAACACGGACAGAGCGUCGAUGCUCCCGGUCGAGGAGGUCGUCACAUCUCUCGGCACCGAUCUCAGAUGUGGAUUGUCGUAUAAGGAUGCCGAGCACCGUCGACGAAUGCACGGCUUCAACGAUUUCGAUAUCAAGCCGGAUGAUCCGCUCUGGAAGAAAUACCUGGAGCAGUUUCGGCAGCCCCUCAUAUUGCUGCUCCUGGCUUCAGCCUUUGUCAGUAUAUGUAUGAAGCAGAUUGACGAUGCAAUAUCUAUUACUACGGCAAUCAUUAUUGUAGUGACCGUAGCAUUUGUGCAGGAAUACAGAUCUGAGCAGUCGCUGGCUGAACUCAAGAAGCUGGUGCCACCAAAGUGCCAUUGCAUACGGGAGGGAAAGCUUUCGGUGGGUUUGUACAUCGACGAGUCGAGUUUCACGGGCGAGACGCAGCCGGUGAUCAAGCACACUGCGCCGUUGAAGGGCGGCGACUUAUCCGGCCGCCACAACCUAUCCUUCAUGGGCACGCUGGUGCGGUGCGGAUCCGGCAGGGGUAUUGUAAUUGGAACAGGCGAAGCGUCGGAGUUUGGUGAAGUCUUCAAAAUGAUGCAGUCAGAAGAGGCUCCCAAGACCCCUCUGCAGAAAAGUAUGGACACGUUAGGAAAGCAGUUGUCUUUCUAUUCUUUUGGCAUCAUUGGUAUGAUCAUGCUGCUGGGUUGGAUCCAGGGAAGACCCAUACUGGACAUGUUCACAAUAGGUGUCAGUUUGGCAGUGGCAGCUAUACCGGAGGGUCUACCGAUAGUUGUGACUGUGACCCUCGCACUCGGAGUGAUGCGCAUGGCCAAGAGGAAGGCCAUAAUCAAGAAACUCCCCACUGUCGAAACACUGGGAUGCGUGAACGUGAUCUGCUCGGACAAGACGGGAACGCUGACGAAGAACGAGAUGACGGUGACGUCCAUCGUGACGGCGGACGGCCAGUACGCCGAGGUGACAGGCGUGGGCUAUAAUGCACACGGAGUCGUUCUGUGUAACAAGACCAAAGUGACGAGAAAUUCUCACCCUUCGAUCAGUAAGCUAAUAGAGGCCGGGUCAGUGUGCAAUAAUGCUCAUGUGUUUGAAGAGAUUCUCCAUGGACAACCAACAGAGGGCGCCUUGCUUAUUGUCGCAGAAAAGAUGGGAAUGCCGGACGCGAGGGACCAGUACUUGAGGCAGCAAGAGUUUCCUUUCAGCCACGAGACAAAGUACAUGGGUGUGAAGUGCAUUCAACGAUACAGUGAGAACGCGGCGGAGAUUCUCUUCGUGAAGGGAGCCGUCGAGCGCGUGAUGAAGCAGUGUCGUACGUACCACUACCAGGGGGCGAUGCCGAUGACGAGCAUGAAGGAGGAGCACUUUCUCAACGAGGCCAGACAUCUCGGCACUGCGGGACUAAGAGUUCUGGCAAUCGCGAGCGGAGAGAGCUGGAACGAGCUGGAGUUCCUCGGCUUGGUGGGCAUCCUGGACCCGCCGCGGCCCGGCGUGAGGGAAGCCAUCUCCGCUCUCACCGCGGGGGGCGUGUCCAUCAAAAUGCUCACGGGCGACUCCCUCGAAACGGCCUGCGCGAUCGCCAGUCGCCUCGGUCUCCACGCGAGUGGCAAGAGGGUGCUAUCGGGCGAGGAGCUGGAGCUGAUGGAGUUUGCGUACCUGCGUAGCAUCAUAUCGCAGACGACCGUCUUCUACAGGGUCAGCCCCGGCCAGAAGCUGAAGAUCGUCAAGGCGCUACAGGCGAAUCAAGCGAUAGUCGGGAUGACCGGGGACGGAGUGAACGACGCCGUCGCACUGAGGAAGGCUGACAUAGGUGCGGCUGCAAUAGAAGAGGGCAAGGGCAUUUUCUACAACAUCAAGAACUUUGUGCGGUUCCAACUGAGCACCAGCAUCGCCGCGCUGUCGCUCAUCGCCUUGGCAACGCUGCUGCGCAUACCAAACCCUCUCAACGCCAUGCAGAUUCUCUGGAUCAAUAUUAUCAUGGACGGCCCGCCGGCACAGAGCCUCGGCGUGGAGCCGGUGGACCACGACGUGCUGAGGCAGCCGCCGCGCAACACCAAGCAAGCGAUGAUCACCAAGUCUCUCAUCAAGAGCGUUCUCAUGUCCGCCGCCGUCAUAAUCGCCGGCACGCUCUACGUCUUCAUACGAGAGUUGAGUGACAACAUCGUCACUCCGCGAGACACGACGAUGACGUUCACUUGUUUUGUAUUCUUCGACAUGUUCAACGCCCUGAGUUGUAGAUCCCAGGAAAAGCUGGUGUUCCAGAUUGGACUAUUCAAAAACAAGAUGUUUCUGCUUGCUGUGUCGGGCUCUCUCAUUGGUCAAAUGCUAGUCAUUUAUUUCCCGCCGUUACAGAGAGUUUUUCAGACAGAAGCGCUAACGUUGAACGAUAUGCUCUUUCUCAUCGGCCUUACCUCUAGCGUAUUCUUCAUCUCAGAGUUCAAAAAGUUCGCCGAACAAAUCAUGUUCCGGCGGCAACACAAGAACAGACAUUAUGUUCAACUCAAGGUCUGAUGGCUAGAUAUGCGGCCAUGA